AUGAAGACAUCGUUUGAAAAGCAUGGCAUCCCCGAGUCAAUUAGAUCAGACUCAGGUGUGCAAUUUCUAUCAGAAGAAUGGGAACUAUUCAAAUCAGAAUACGACUUCACAGUGGAAACUAGUUCACCAUACCAUCAUCAGUGCAAUGGUCAAGCUGAAAGUGGUGUGAAAAUCUUCAAAAACAUAUUAAAGAAGUGUAAGGAUAGACAUCUGGGCUUAUUGGCAUACAAUACAACGCCAAAGGAAUGUGGUUAUAGCCCAUCACAACUAUUAAUGGGACGGAUUUUAAGAACAAAUCUACCAGUGAAUAAAGCAACUCUACUUCCAGCCACUCCAAAUCACAAUAGAUAUAGACUUAGACAAAUGGAAGAAAAGAGGAAACAGGAACAACAGUUCAAUAAAAGACAUAGAGUGACCCAGGUCAAGGAUUACCCAGAAAACGCUAAAGUUUGGGUAUCGGACCGAAGAGAAGAAGGGGUAAUCAAGGAGAAGUUAGAGAACAGGAAAUAUAAUGUUGAAACAAAAAGGGGAGGAAGAUAUAUCAGGAAUUCAAAAUUCUUAUUCCCUAUGUUCUCCUCUGGAGAAAGAGAAAAUCCUGAUAAAGAAAACCCCCAUACACAGACACUUCCUCCAAGACAGACACAUACACCAAGAUCCAACCUACAUAAUCAUUCUUCAACCAUACACAGACCUACCAGAAUUGUUAAACCUGCUAAGAGGUUCAUAGAAGAACUUUAA